CGGGAAGGAGGAAGGUUCACAUCUCUUCUCCUUCCUCCUUCACCUCCUCCUCCUCCUCCUCUUCCUCCAGCAGCAGGUGUUAAUGAAGGGCUGACACACCUGACGGAGCCGUUCACACCUGCAUCAUGGAGUCUACACCCCUAGCAGUGCCAUACGCCGACUUAUGGUGCGAGUGUGCAGGAAACAGCAGCUCCGUACCGCACCGCCUUCUGAUGCACGAGCAAAUGCAGCGGUUGCACGCCCAGGCACGGCAGCACGCCCUGUGGUACGUGGUGGUGGUGCUGGUGGUGUACGUGGUGGGGCUAGCGGUCAUCAUCAGGAGAUCAGCACGUGUGGAGAGGAAUAAUGCUGCUGCUGUGGUCACCUCCUGCUGUGUGAGACUCGGGGCGUGCUUUAGUCAGUGCUGUGGCAGGCUGUUUGGGGACCUGGCCACGGGAACCACAAAGGAACACUGCAGGAGACAUGUGAUUCUGUAACUUCUACUACAAUUACUACUGGUGCUACUACUACUACUACUACUACUACUACUACUGCUGCUACUGCUACUACUACGACUCCAGCUUGUUCUAAUAUUACUGCUACUACUAUUACUGCUGCCUCUGCUGGGUCUAUUACUCCUCCUGCUGCCUCUAGUUCUAAGGCUUCUAAUUCUUUAAAGAGCAAAGAAAAUAAUCGAAUUUCACCUCCUACUCAACCCUCUUCAAUUCCUCCUCCUCCUCCUCCUCCUCUUCCAGUGCCUCCUUCCACCCAUCCCCCUCCUCAUCGUGGUCCUCUUACCUCCCUCCUCCUCCGUCUCUUCCCUCCACGUCCUCCAUCUUCCUCUCACAGUGCCAGCGAGGUCAAAGUGUGCUGAAGGCUGCUCUGGGUCAUCUGCAGCCAAUCAGAAUGCAGGGAUUUAUUUUACUCUUUAUUCCUAUUGGUUGAUGGGGAAUAUUUGGUUAAUCUAUUUUUUUUUUAUCUAUAGUAUUUUUUCUUUCUCAUCUCAUUGUGUUCUGUUAGUCUGUGGUGGUUUGUAAAACGGUUCAUGCACUUAUACGUUCAUUGCACGCAUAUAUACUCACGCACGCACUCUCAUACACAGUGACAGACACACACACACACACACACACACACACACACACACACACACACAUACACAGUCACAUACACACAGUCUUCAAAGUUUUAUGAAUUUUACUCAUCCUGUUUAUAUGUGUGUGUGUGUGUGUGUGUGUUGUGUGUGU